CUGUAGCCUGCUGCACUCCUGUGGGGGUUCGUAACGCCGGGGGAGGGGGGCGGCUUGUCCUUCUGAGCCUCCGCGUCCGGGAGCUGCUGUCAACCUCGGUCACUGUGGCUUUGUAUAUGCAUUCAUUUUACAUCAUGGGUCAUGGGUCUCCUUUUCACAGCUGUGAAGCUGAUCGCAGUUAACCUGAACACAUCUCCAGUGCAGGUGUGGGAUGAAUAUGUAUAUCUGAGGCUUGGUCAUGCCGCUUUGCAGACUGCGGUAGCCUGUGCAGUUGCUCCCUUUCCCUAUCUCUUCACGGUGACCCGCUGCAUGACAAUCUUGAGAAAAUCACCCUUUAGCAUCACUGCCUUGAUUCUCACACUCCUUCCGUCCUCUCAUCUUGUCUGCUAUCAGCAGCACUUGCCCUGAGCUGGUUCUUACUGUGCAAAUUUUAAACAAAUCCAGCACUCCGGAACUUUCUUACACCGUACACGUGGUCCGGUUCUCAUGAUGGUGUCAGGCUGCAGCUGGCCCCAGGCAGAGAACAUGGGGUUCAGCAUCCUCUCCAAGUCUGUUUUCCUUGGGGAGCAACACCCAGUGUGGUGUCCCUGAGAGGACCUCUUUAAAUAUAGCUGUGGUCAGAAAGAGGCCUUCAGGCUGAGCAAAGGUUCACGGGAAAAUUACUAAUUCGAUUACUCUCCUUAAAUGUCCUUGCAUGGAUGUAAGCUUGUUCAUGUUGUGAAAUCAUCUGCUGGGAAGUCGGCUAGUUCCUUGGAUGUGCUCCCUGGAGAACAUCGUCCACAAAGCCGCGACAGGACCAGGCCUGGUCCCUCUGUGAUGGCCGCCCGCAUUUAUUUCCUUCCUGCUCUCCGUCACUACAUCCUGUUGGCAGCCCAUGCUGCGACGCACCAGCCAAUGGGGUUCCACGCUUGGGUGGAGAUUUUUACCACGACGGCUGGGGAAACUCAGCCCUAUUUAUGUCCAUGUUGUCCUCAGGUGUCCUCGUGAGCAUGUCUCUCAGCACCUGCUUGCAACCAUCUCUGAAUGAAUCAACAUGCACGGUGAAACUCGGGGGCUGGGUUUUUCCAUGAGGUGAAGCUUUAUUUACCAUUUGCACAAGCACCGGUGUAUAAGAGCACUUUAGCUUUCACAUAUCCCAUCAUGCUCUCCUUUGAGACGCACACACAUAUAUUGAAGUGAGAGUGAAGCUUGGGGUCUGAGCACAGGGUCAGUCAUUGAUCAUGCACCGCUGGAGCAUUUUUCUGGGAGUUAAGGGCCUCAACCUAAGACUAUUCUGCUGAGCAUAGGAUUCGAACUGCCGACCUACCGCUUACAGGCACAGAGGGCUAAUCUGCUGAGCCAUUUUUCUGAGGGCGAUGUCAGAGAUGAGGCCCACCCCCAUAAAUGUAAUUAUUUAAAGGAAUAUAGACUGUGCGUGAGACUGACCAGAAUUAGUGGUUAGAAGACAGAUAGGUAUGAACUUGGUGGGAUGGACCCAGAAGCAAUGGCUCUGCUCUCUUUGGACUGCAGUGUGGUGCUUUUGUAAGUAGUUGGGUCUGUCUACUCAUCACAAAGCUAAGGUGUUGAUAAAAGCACCCCGUUCCACCUUCUGUGGAUUUCUCCACCAUAUAGAAGGUUCAAGGAUUUUAGCGUGUAUCUUAUGGUUCUUCAACUGCCCUCUUUAAGGAAAAUCAGGACCUAAAGGAGUAGCACGUAUAGUAUGAAAGAUAUGAGAAAAAAAAUGUAAUGUCCUCUACAGAAGAGGAAAAUGAAUUGCUGGAUCUCAGGAAGUUAUAUCGUUUAUAUGGUUUAUUUCCUGCUGCUGAGCCUCUGAGCAAAGCGCUUAACCCCCCAAUGCCCCUAAGCGCUGGACACUGGUUGACCCUGUGCUGUGACCCCCCAGGCUUGCUCUCCAGCGGAAAUGCAUCUGUGUGUCUCAUGGAGAGCAUGAUGGAUGAAAGGACAAUUUUCCCACGGGGCUCAAUGAAGUACCACAAUUCUACUCAGUAUUUCUCCAGCCCUUUGUGGAUGGAUGGAUGGAUGAAGGACAUGAUUUAUAUGCUUAACCUUGUCCUUCCUCAAAUUUGUGUAUAGUUGUGAUAAUUCUGAAAUAGUCCUUAUGUUAAAUACCAUGCAACAACUUGAAAGCCUUACUGGUGAUCAAAAGUUUAUAGGUUUAGAUAUUAACACAUUCCCUUCCAAAAGACUGGUAUUAGCAAAUGCUGGUAUAACAUGAUGCAGUCCGAUUUGUUGCGGAAUGGACAUGGGUAGUUGUGAUCAUGUGAUACGUGCACUCAUGGAUGGGGUUCCUAAAGUCUGUGGGAGGACCAGUUUGACAUAGACCGUUCUAGAACCAAAAUGAGCCUGUAACAGAAUGUGAGCGAUUUGAAAUGUGGACAUUUUAAUGUGCUUUCAGCUGCUGUGAAUUUCAAAAUAUUUUUUUCUCACUCAAUGCAUCUUGCCAGGGGCAAGCCAAUUUGACCACAAAUGUUCCACUAAAGUCAAGAUUGCAAUAAUUAUUCUUUAUACGCUCUGUUAUUCUCUGUUAUUCAUGAAACAGAAUAAUUUCUUCCUGUGUCUUCAUUAUUAGACAAUAUUUUGCCGGAACAUUCUAAUUUGCACAGAACAGUAUGGAGUUAAUUAUGUGUAUUAUUAACAAGAAAGAGCUCUGAGCAGCAUAGCAGGCUGACCGUUAAGGUCAAGAGUAGUGGUCCUAUUAGUUUGUGUGUGUGUGUGUGUGUGUGUCCUGUGGAGAAGUGUUUCUAAAUUGGAAAAUGCACAAUAUCCAACAGCAGCCAGGGGAAACAAAAGAACUAGGUUUUUCAGAACAUCAUGGUGAUGUCAGAGUAGGCGCUCUUGCUGCCCCAGCAGACAUUUUCCAGAACCUUAAUGAACACAUCUGGCCUACCCAUAAUUCCAUAGGGCCUCUCACAUAAAUACAGCCCUGCACCAGCAGCAAUUCUAGGCCAUUAGAACUAUACAGUACAUUUUUAGGGGGGGCACAGGGGAACCGCCCCCGCCCUGCACGUUUGUAUAUAGAUAUUUAAAACAAUGAUUAGAGUGUUCACAGAGACAUGCAGCCAUACCAUAAUAACCCCGGCUAUGAUGUCACCAUCAAGCAGAAUCAGUUCUGACACAUAACUGUGCAGAUUCUUCAGUAACUGUUGCUUGUCCAACAAAAGAUUAGAUGAUUGCUUUUGUUCCAAGACAUUAUUUUUGUCCCUCAAAUAACAAAAUAGGGCAAGUUCUGCAUCUUCUAUAAAAUUAAGAUUCUUAUCAGGCAAAUACUGCCAACUAUAGCCCUCAGAUAAGAUGGGCGCUAUGCAUGCUAUCGAUUCAUCACCAUCUGUGUGUCUUACUUCCUCUAAACAAGCCCUUAACAUCCACACGUCUGUUGUAGGAACUUCCUAUUUCACAUGCCACCGGUUCUUUAACAGAUCUGAACCUUUCCUCCGGAGGAUUCUUGGUCUGUAAAGAGGGCCUCAGAUGAUACCAGUAGCCUGGAGCCUUGUCACCCAUGACCAGCCCGUAAGAGCGCUUGCAGAAGUGUAAGUUUGUUCAUGCAAUGAAGAUUUGCGUUUGUGAAGGCUAUGCAGAAAUAUUUAUAUUGCCGGAUGGUGUUGGGUGAGAACCUAAAAGUCUUAACCAGGAGUUCUGGUUAGAGGGGGGUGGUCUGACUAGACAGUGUAGAUGGGCAUCAUGAAGCGUGAACUUCCUGAAUCUUAAGAAAGUUUUCUCAUGAUGUUCUCUGCUGCAUGGGCUUGCCUCUCGUGUGGUUAGUGUCUCUUUGCACCAUGACUUUAGCAGGUUCAGCCACAGCAACAGCUGUCUGUUAGAGCCUGCAGGGACCUGAGCUGAGCCGGGCCGGACCAGACCAUGUGCUCUCAGCCCUGCUGACACACUGACGGUGGAGGGAAACGACCCAAGAGUCCUGAGAAGAAACUGCUCAACUGCCCCCACCCACCGCCACCAGUAAAUCAGGGCCUACUCCCCCAGGACCAUGUCUAGCCUCCUGGGAGUGGAAGAGGACCCUGCUGGGGAGACCGCCAGCACACUGCCUGCUACAAGCUUCACCACCGGCGCCCCUCAACUGAGACAAAAUGAAAUUGCUAAGUCAGCAUCCUGUCAGAAGAUGGCACCAUAACUGGCUGUCUAUGCCGCCUGAUGGGCUGACCAGCCCGGUCUGUAGGAACCGGGCUGCCCAUGACAUUCCUUCACACAUACAGAUACACACAUGGCUAAGGUUUUAGUGCUUUAUGUAUACACACUCUUCUGGAAUCUUCCACUGUGGAGAUAUGAAGCCACAUGGUAGACCCAGAAGCCCACACUUUCAGUACCAUCCAAGAUAUAUGCUUGUGUUCCUCUAGUACUGCCGACCUGAAACCAAAGUGGUGAGCAUUACCCUCUCGGGGUCCUCCGUACCCUUGUCAAGGCAGGGUACCACAUACAGCCAAGAGCCUGGAGCAGUAGAGCAGACCAGCAGGAGCCACAGGCCACGAAUAUCCCACAAGUCCUCUUCAGGAAACUACGUCACCACUCUUGAUGGUCAAGGCCAUGUGAUAGACCUGGUGAAGGAUCAGCUACCUGACAUGCAGCUCUCUGAAGAGGACAAGAGGAAGAACCUGGAACUGCUGCUGGAGGCCAAGGAGGUCAGCGAACGUUUCCUCACACGCAGAGGGAGAAGGUCUACCUCCAGUAUCUCAGACUCUCCUACAGGCACCGGCCCCACUCCGAACUCCUCUCCGGCACCUUCCAGAAGCAGCUCGCUCAGCGCUAUGCCAUCCGCAGCGGAUAUGGCUGAGGCGAAUUACGUCAGUUCCCCUAUUGUCCAGGACUCUUGGACCCUGAAGGAGGUGCAGCCACUGGGUCCCUUACUCCCUGGAGGAAGCAAACUGUCUGGGGUCAGCACUGCCCAGAGAAUGGGCCGCGACUCUAAGAAGACUGAUCUAGUAGAAGGGGCCUCAAGUGGUGCCAGGAAGGAUGGCACAGGGCAAGGCGAGCUCUCUGCCACAAGUUCAGCCCGGCCGGGGCCCUGCAGUGCCCCCAUGAGGGUACCCUGCACCGCUGAGAUCAAAACUCUGGAGGCCUUUCCGCCGCUGAUGCGUGCGGCCUCUUGGGAUGUGGCAGGCUCCUCCCCGGAGCUCGAAGAGGAGCCGCCUUUCAUGUCUGAGCUGCUGGAAGAAGAGACCACCCCCGUGCAGCCUGCAAAGAUGGAGAAGCUGGCCAGACUGCGAGAGGAGCACAAGCUACUCCGGCACCAAAGCAUCGUGGGAUCCAAGCUUCCGGACCUGAGUGAAACGGCCGAGCUGGAAAGAGGUCCAUCUACGAACAAUGAGUCCAAGGGUCAGAGGUCAGAGGUCAUGCCCAACAUUUCCGACGUGAUGCUGCAAAAGCUGAAGCUGCACCGGGCUCAGACGGGCAGCUCCCCCCCGCUCACAGAGAGAGAGGUCGAGAAUGCAUUCGUGCAGCUCUUGUUGGCUUUCCGUAAUGACAACUACACCCUGGACACGCGUCUGCAUCUGGCUGAGCGGGAGCGCUCCCUCACCGAGGAGAACGCCGAGAAGGAGCUGGAGGACUUCAGAGGCUCACUUCAGAAAACUGCUGUGCUAUGGCAUAGCGCAGAGCACCGGGAAUCCUACCAGCGCCUCCUGGAGACUGUGGCAGUACUGCACCGUCUGUCAACACGCCUCUCCAGCCGGGCCGAGAUGGUCGGCGCCGUGCGGCAGGAGAAGCGCAUGAACAAGGCCACUGAGGUGAUGAUGCAAUAUGUGGAGAACUUGAAGAGGACCUAUGAGAAGGAUCACGCUGAACUUAUGGAGUUCAAGAAGCUGGCCAACCUAAACUCUGGCCGUGGUUACGGUGCAUCUGCAGAUGCAGACGACGGUGUUCCCCGUGCACUGCGCUCAAUGUCGCUGACCAUGGGAAAGGCUGUGCCUCGGAGGAGAGUCAGUGUAGCAGUGGUUCCCAAAUUCAACCUGGUCAGCAUCCCAGGCCAGGCUACGGUCACUGCCAGACCCAUGCUUCCCGUGCUGUGUGAGGCCAGCAAUGUGAAAGUCUGCCCUCCCGCAGGACCGCUACUGCAAGCCACACCUGCCGGCAGCAGAAAGACCGCAGCCGAACCAGAACAGGAAACAUCAGCUCCUGCCAAACCGCCCAGCUCGGCAGAGGAGAUUUCCUCGGAGAUGAAAGCCAAGAUCGAGGAGGAGGCCUACAGUAAGGGAUACCAGGAGGGAUUAAGGAGAGUCAAAGAGAUGCAGGAGCUGGAGGAAGAGGAGGAGGCAGAGGAGGAGAAAAAAGCAGAGGAGAGCCAGGAAGUGGCCCGAAAGGAAGAGGAAGACUUGGAGGACAGAACAAGCGACAGCAGCAGAUUCAAUGGUUUCCCGGACGUCUUUGGACGGCUGUUUCCAAAGGUUCUCAGGCGAAAACGGUUCAUUUGGACAGCCACGAUAGUCCUGACAUUGCUUGCGGCUGCUUUACUUGCGUUUGGUGUUUUCAGCUACUUCUCUGAAAAUCAAAGAGAGUUGCCUGGAGCGUCAAGUUUGUCGUCACGCAAGAAGAGGCUUGUGGGGUGGAACUCAGCACAGAAUGGAAGCCCAGAGUAACAAUACUCUGUCAACACCGGCUUAAUUAAUACUGAGACUAUCAGGUGUUGGGAGAUAAAAUCUCUAUAUUGACUCGUAGAGCCUGCAUUGUUUCCAUGGACACCCCAGUUAUAGGAGAAGGAAAGGAGGAUGGGUGUGAUGAAUGAUCAUUUUAACUGAUAUGCAUGUGAGCAUUACGAUCUCCUGUCCGUUGACUUAAGGUGAUUUGUUUGUGAUGAGGUUCCUACCACCGGUAAUGAAGACAGUGGAUACUUCAAGGGAGCAAAGGGGUCACAGGUUCGAAUUCUCAAGAUCAGAAGUCAUAACUACCUUUGCUGUACUGGGAUUUGACAAUGACUUUAAAGAGGUUUAUUUUUUGAGGAAUUUUGUUUCAUUGUUUUGUUAGAAUACUAUGUUGGGUGCAUUUAGUCCGUGAGGUACUGGGGUGGGUGAUUUCUCAUCAGUUGUUUGUCUUUAUUUCAGUUGUUGCCAUUGUAUGUUUUGUAAGAGUCUCCUGACUGUCCAUUUAAGAGCCUAAUUGCACAAUUUAUUAAUUCCGUAUGUACUGUAGACAAUGACAGCAAUUCUUUAAACACCAUGCAGGAAUCACCCAUGUAAUGUAAAUUAAACUGUGGAGGCUGAGGAUGAUAAUAAUUUUCUGCUUAUUUUCCCCCCAUUACUUUGGCGGGCUAAAUGGGUAAUUGUAUACUUUUAAUAAAGUGUUAUUGAAAAGCA